AUGACAAGUGAAAAGGGAACCGUGCUGAUAAAUAAUGCAAAGGAGCUCAUGGACUUCAGUAAAGGAGAGGAGGAGAUGAUGGAGGCUCAGGUGAAGGCCAUCAAGGACGCUGGUGCCAACCUGGUGGUAACUGGGGGAAAGGUGGCUGACAUAGCGCUGCACUACGCCAACAAGUACAAGCUCAUGGUUGUCAGGCUGAACUCCAAGUGGGACCUCAGGAGGUUGUGCAAGACUGUGGGAGCUGUAGCACUGCCCAGGAUGACGGCUCCAACUCCAGAUGAGAUGGGUCACUGUGACAACGUGUACCUGUCAGAGGUGGGGGACACUCAGGUGGUGAUCUUCAAACAUGAGAAAGAGGACGGUGUCAUCUCAACGGUGGUGAUCAGAGGCUCCACUGACAACCUGAUGGAUGACAUUGAGAGGGCUAUUGAUGAUGGCGUCAACAGCUACAAGGUUCUGGUCAGGGACAAGCGACUGGUACCUGGAGCAGGAGCCAUUGAGAUUGAGCUGGCCAAACGGAUCACCGCAUACGGAGAGUCCUGCCCGGGUCUGGAGCAGUAUGCCAUUAAGAAGUUUGCUGAAGCCUUCGAGGCUGUGCCACUGUCGUUGGCUGAGAACUCUGGUGUGAAGGGAAGCGAGCUCCUCUCUAAAAUGUACUCUGCGCAUCAUGAGGGAAACAAAAACAUUGGUUUUGACAUUGAGGGAGAAGGCCCCGCUGUGAAGGACAUGCUUGAAGCUGGCAUUCUGGAGCCUUACCUGGUCAAAUACUGGGGUGUCAAACUGGCCACCAACGCUGCCAUCACAGUACUGAGAGUUGACCAGAUCAUCAUGGCUAAACCAGCAGGAGGACCCAAACCUCCUCCCCAGGGCAAGAAGGACUUUGAUGAGGAUGACUAAAUCUGAUGCCAUCCAGCUGAUGCUUCUUUAACCCUGAACGCUCCCACUUGGAUUGACAAAACCUUUUCUACUUGUUUAUUUGAAGCUUAACAGUUCGGUUUAUUUUGUAGAAAUGACCACACAUUGGUUAACAAAUAUGUGAAAGUAAGAUGUAUGGAUGGCACUGUUUGCUUUAUUUUUCUAGGUCCCAAAUAAAAGGCACUUGGGCUAUCA